AUGGAUAAAACCCUGUGUGAACAGUUUGAUAAAUUGAGAAACUAUAUACCCGAUGAAUUAAAAACAUCUACAAGUAAUGAUAUUCAUGAAUUAGGGAAUGCUAAGAAUUAUUGUCCUAAUCAAGGUUCAGGGGGAACAGAAUGUAAGACUGAUUUCGAUAAAAUUAAGGCUGGAUGUUUAUGGUUGUUUGAGCAAUUGUUUGUGAAAAGUAGUAAUAGUAAUAUCAAUAAUGUCGGAUAUAUUAUCAUAUGGUUAAGUUAUAAACUAAAUCAAAAGACGUAUGACGAAAUCAAGAAUCUAAAUGAUUUUUACAAAAAAUGUAUAGAAAAUAAUACGCAUUAUACUAAUUGUAAACAAGGUGAUCAAGAUUGUAGUACGUCAUUAAAUAGUAAUACAGGAUAUCCAAAUUAUAAGAAAAUCAUAGAUGCAAGAAAGGGAUUAUUGAAUAUUAAUAUUAAAAAUAUGUCUAAAUUUUAUGAUGCAUUUAAAUUAUUAUGUAACAUGUAUACUAAAUUUUAUGCAAACAAAAAUAAUAAAGAAUAUUUAAAUUGUGCCAAAAAAUUUGUUGAAAAAUAUAAAGAACUUAAUGACGAUUCUGAUAAUACUAAAGAUGAAGCCUAUUGUCAAGUAUUGUCUACAUUAUCAAAUGAUUAUAAUAAUUUUAAAAGUUCUUGUGCUGAUAGCGAUUAUUGUAACAAUAUUCCAUCCCUUACAUCGACAGAAACAGAAGAAAUUGUUAUGAAAAGUUCUGGAAAUAUUUGUGAUGAUACACCAAGCUUCUCGAUAGUAAAAAAAUUAAUUCUAGCUUUAUUAAUAUUCAGUGUAAUAUCAAUCUUUUUGGGAAUUUUUUUUAAGUGUUCGUUAUUUGUAUUACGGAAAAGAGCUAAAAAACAAUAUUUAAGAGAACAGCUAAAAAAUAUAAAGAAGAGAAUGGAUCAUUAA